GUGCUACCGUAAACAAUGGCAGUCUUUCAAAGUAUCAGUCGAGCGGCCGUUGUCAACGUGAGAACUCAAAGCUGUCGCAAUCAACGAGUUAGUCCUCUUCUCUCGUCUCAUCCACGACUCUUUGUCAUUUACUUCUACUUACUUUAGCCCUCUUCUUCUCCGCUUCAUCUUUUUCUUCGUAGGACAGCGUCUCGUCUUUGACGGAACGAACAAGGAGAAAAACUGUAUGGAUCCUGGAAGGUGUGAGUAAUACGCAUCUCCCCACCUUCCAUACCACGGAUGACCUCCUAGUGGUUGCGUUCGAACUACCUCACAGGAAUAAAUGUACAUUUGCCGGCAGACACGAGGCUUUUAGUGACGACUUGACGAAACGCGUCGACCGUGUGCUGCGUCUUCUUCUUCGACGUGUCAAGAUUCCUAAAGGAGGUGCUAAGAAGAUAAUUUUCGAGGUCGAUUCGGGACCGACUGAUGAUCAUCGGUUGUGAACAUUCACCCUGAGAUAUUGAGUGCAGAUAAUGGAACUUGUACGAUGGUCAACGUCCGGUAUUGUUAUGUCGUCCACAGCGCUAUUUCUCUUUCUCUUAUCGUUUGUAAGCGCACAAUUGGAUCUGCGUGAGUCAAAUGGCGACGGAUUUGGACGUCAACUUCCUUCAAACGAAUUGGAUUACCGAAAUAUUUUAGCGAGAUUAGAUUUUCUCGGUGCUGAACGAUGCAGUGCAAAUGUAGCUGCUCAGUGGGGCUAUGAAACCGACAUCAACGAAUAUACACAAUUGCAAGCACUCGAAGCCCAGCAACUGUACGCUGAUUUUCAAAAUCAAGCUUGGCAGCUGAUCUCUAGAAUUGACACCAACAAUAUAAGGGAUCCAAUAAUAAGACGUCGACUAAGAUAUCUCUCCGUAGUUGGUCCAUCAGCUCUUCCUUUAGACCAAUUAGACAGAUAUAAUCGAAUAAUUAACGAUAUGCUCGCAAUUUACAAUGGAGCGACCAUAUGCGCGUACAACGAUCCGUUUAAUUGUGGACUUCGUUUGUACCCAGAUAUCGCUGGAAUCAUGGCGAAAAGUCGAAAUUGGGAUGAACUGCAAUACGUGUGGACGGAAUGGAGAAGACGUAGCGGUGCUCCAAUGAGAGAUCUUUAUCAGCAACUAGUAACAUUAAACAACGAAGCAGCCAAAUUAAACAAUUUUUCGGAUGCUGCACAGUAUUGGAUGUUCCCUUAUGAAUCUCUGGACUUUGAACAAGAAAUUGAAAAUGUAUGGGAAAUUAUUAGACCACUUUAUGAAGAACUUCAUGCUUACGUUAGGAAAAAGUUGAGAGAUUUAUAUGGGCCUGAAAAAAUCAGUGGACACGCGCCACUUCCCUCUCACGUAUUAGGAAAUGUAUGGGCUCAAUCAUGGAUGAACAUCCAAGAUAUAACAAUUCCUUACCCCGGUAAAAACUAUUUAGAUGUUACACCAGAAAUGCAAGCUCAGGGUUACACGCCGAUAGAUAUGUUCCGAAUCGGUGAAGAAUUCUACUUAUCCUUAAACCUGAGCGCUAUGCCACCAGAAUUCUGGGCAGGUAGCAUUAUCGUCGAUCCCGGUAAUCACCCCUUGAUUUGUCAAGCCUCGGCAUGGGAUUUCUGCAAUCGUCUAGAUUACAGAAUCAAGAUGUGUACGAAGAUUACCAUGAAAGAUCUCAUCACCGUACAUCACGAGAUGGCUCAUAUUCAGUACUUUUUACGAUACAGUGGACUUCCUCGUGAAUUUCGAGAUGGUGCUAAUCCAGGCUUCCACGAAGCUAUCGGUGAAGCUGUGGCACUGAGUGUAGCUACUCCGCGUCAUCUUCAGACUUUGGGAUUAGCAAACAAAUACAUCGACGAGCCUGCGGCUGAUAUUAAUUAUCUCUUUUCCUUGGCCAUGGAAAAAUUGGUCCUUCUUCCGUUCAGCCUCGCCGUGGACAAAUGGCGAUGGGACAUUUUUCGUGGCUACAUCAAUCGAGAAGAAUAUAAUUGUCACUGGCACAGAUUGAAGGAACAAUAUAGCGGCGUGAAACCACCUGUCCUCAGAUCCGAAGAUGAUUUCGACCCUGGUGCAAAGUAUCACAUUCCCGCUAAUAUUCCAUAUAUUCGAAAUUUCGUGGCUGGAAUCCUUCAGUUCCAAAUCUACCGUGCUCUAUGUCAGGCUGCAGGCCAAAGAUUUCCCGAUGAUCCACGAAGACCACUGCAUAAAUGUGACUUUUAUAGAAGUCCCGAAGUUGGAAGACUUCUCGGAUCCAACGAAUUUACAUCGAAUAUUUCCGUACAAUGAAGCAAUGUUCUUAUUAUUAUGUGUCUCGAUCUCGCGUCGAUAAAAUUAUCUAACGCAUUCGUGUAACUCUCCGAGCGGACGAAGGAAGAAGAAAGAAUAUGAAUCGUGACAAACAAGACAAUAGGCAAAGCGAGAGAAGGGAAACUGGAGAAAGAAACGGUUCAAUGAUACCGUCUCUUCCAUCCCCAACGUCCAUUACUUGGAAACUUCGAACCUUCACUGGUUCCUUCUAAGAUGGUGGAAAGCGAUAAAUCGCGGGAACUGCUUGGAUUGAGCGCAUUUCACGAGGAAAACGAACAUUCUCAUUUACACGCUCUGCUGCCGUACACGAUCGUGCGAUUGUAAAUAAAAAAAUUUAAAAAAGCAGAAAGAAAAUGAAAAAAGUCAUUAGGCCGAACACCUCUAUUUAUCGUCAAAUCAAAAAACGAAUAAAAUCAAGAUAUCUAUCACCGAUACACUUUCUAAUUCUGGUACAAUUAUUAUAUAAUCAAAAUAUUGGUAUAUAAUUAGCUUUGUAAAUUAGAUCAUGAAUUUUGGUAGAAUAUUUUUUAAAUAAUUUACAGUCAUCUCUUCAGGCAACACAUAUCUAUAUCUAUAUAAUACUUAAAUAUGCAUAACAUGAUUAUCUCAUUUCUACAAAUAUUUCUCAUCUUCGUUGAUCUAUUAUCCUGCCGUAGUCCGAUUUUUAAAAUGUCAGCUAUCUGUGAAUAUCGCUUGCCUUAAUUAGCUAAAGCCACGAAAUUAUUACCCGAAUCUAGUUAGGCCAACCGUUUUAACCCGGGUCUUGACAUUUCAGUUUCAUUAAAAUUCAAGGUUAAAAUUCAUUGGAUACGACAAACCAGCCACAAAAAUCUAUUUAUCCAUGUAGAUUUUUACACAUUAUUACAUAUUACAACAAAAUCGAACAGCAUUCUUUCGAUAUGACAUAAAUAAGACGAUUUUUCAAAACGCUCUUAAAAUUCGUAUGAUUCAUAAUUUAUAAAAGAAUAAGUACGUGUUGCUAUUCAUUUUAAAGCUAAUCUGCACGAUUAAUUGACAAAAAGUAUUAAUCAUAGGAAAUUACGAAAUACUUUGAAGGAUAAUAUUCUUUUUCUUAAUUACUGUAUUAUAUGUAUAUAAUAUAGGUAAAUGUAGUUAUAGAUAUACAAUUUCUACAUAAAACGGGAAGUGAAUCAGCCAAGGUUACAGACUGAAAAGUACGUAGUAUAAGAAUAAUCCAAUCUAUCGAGGAGACUCACAAUAAUCACCGUCAGAUCGAUCAUCGAUCAGAUCGCCUACUUCGGCGGCAAUCUCCGGUAUUCGAUGUCUAUCUGGGUCACCGAGAGGAAAACCUUUAUUUCAUUUCGCAAUUUCGCUGCGGAUAGCCAGCAACUCUCGUCCUUCGACUUUUGUCACAAAGAUGAAACUAUCGAAAUUACGGUCUAUCAUACCAUUUUCUAAAGGUGAUCUUGUUACAUAGCGAUAUCUUAUACAACGUAAAUAAAUAAAAGAACGAAACGAAAUCGAAGUAAUAAUAUACGAAGAAAGACGUGAAAGUUGGACCGAAAAUUUCGAUGUAUAUAGCAAUCGUUCUACUAAGCAAGUAAAUAAUUAUAAUCAUUUACUUACGUGAUCCAUUUUCAACGAUAGAUUAAAAUUAUUGUGGUAAAAAUAUAUCUGUUCUUUUUGGAAGAAAAACAAAGACAGAUAUAAAUCAGUCGGUCAUCGACUAAAAAAAAAUGUUUUUACGGAUUAAUUAAGUAGAAUUUGGAAACGA